AUGUGGAUGGAAACAACAACUGAAAACGGUGUAUUUGAUAAAAAUCAAAUUCAACCUCACAACACCCAGCAGCCAUCUGAAGGAUUCGAUCGCUAUUUGGAGGACGAUGAUACUGCCACAGACACUGGCAGGACCAUGAGCAGUAUUGCAGACAACAGCCAUCUUCAGCAUGACUCUCCUCCCUUUGUGGACCACAUGGAAGAGACAUCUACCUCAUCAUUUGAAAAGAUCAUGAAAGAUCCUGAAAACAGCCGUGUCUCUCGCUAUCAAAACACCUACUUUAUGGACGGUGGAAACCGUUUUAUCUCUUUGCCAACACUGGGUAACACAAGUACCAAAGCAGCAUCUCACAUCUCGAGAAUCUUUGAGGAUUGGCUUCAAAACAAGCUCUAUUAUCAAAGCACAAAUGAUGGACUCGAGAGAUUGCCCAUCUUGGAAGAUUCUGUCGAAUUGCUCGCUGAGGAUGUCGUCAACAAGCUCAAAUCCAGAAACUCUGUUCGAGGCUUAACUGGCCUUUCUCGCAUCAUGAUCAAAAUCAGAACAGGCCACGUCUACACAUAUCAUCAAUUAGAGGAUGGCCAGCCGCUCAUUACUGCUGAUAUGGAAGAUUUUUUUCAACAGUUUCCUUUAUUUGUCGAGAUCAUUAUCUACACCAUGCCAAAAGACUCGGACCAAUCCUGGGAUGAUGUUCAACUCUUGCUAGCUGUGGAGAAUAUCACUGUCAAUCCAUCCGAUCCUUAUCAUAUCAAGGAGGACAUUCCAUUAGUUGCUUGA